UGGGACUCCACCCUUGUGUUUGCAAACCACGGAUCGUGGUGACAGGGGGAAUGAACAACUAUUCCCCCCUGUCAUGAUUAAUUUUAUAGUGAAAACAAUCUGAGUGUGAGAGUCAGCAAGGCGGUUGAACACUGCUAACAGUUCCAGCCAUCAUCGAUUCGUCAUCUUGAACUACACUACAGUGUACUAUUACAACAGUACAGCCUGGUCAGUAACUACUUCUUCGGUGUCGUCAUUGAGUGGAUGUCUUCAACGUUCAGGCUGGCAGACUUCUAGCUCGUGAGUAAACACAACGUGAAAAUAAAUCUGACAAGUUAGUUGCUCACUGUGACUUCAUAGACCAUUGCGGCAUAGGAAGACAAGUGCCUUGGCUAUGGUGCACCGUGUUGGUCUACACGGGUGUACCGAUGGAGCAACAUGAACAUUACUUUCUCCACCUUUCGCUCGAAGGGUCACCACGGGGCGGUCGCGUCCGCAGCCAGCGCAUCGUGAUCCGGAUGGCCGGUCUUCCUUUUCGAGCGAGGUGAAGCCGAGAAGCGUGUGUUGCCUCUACUUCUUGUGGUGUUCUGGCUACAGAAUUUCUAGCUCUGCCACCUCGCCAGAAACAGAAUCGUGGAAUCAGUGAACGGAGUAAGCAGGUUACGGAAGUGCGCGGACUGAUCAGGUCACAUAAUUAUCUUGUUCGUCGCUGGGUACCGGAUAAGACUCGUCGACAGUUGACCAAGCCAGAGUACAGUGGUUCAGUAGUGGCAUCGCUCCGCUAUGGUUUUGAUGCAAGGUUACCUGAGGGUUGUGGAGGACAACUAUUCACUCCCUGCGGAAGAUCCAGAGGGUGAUGAUGCUCCAAAUGACGUUGUAUGUACACACUGGUUUGAGCUGCAUUGGGCGCAGGAAAACAACAAAGUGGUACCACGGCCCACAAUAACCUGGUUCACAGGAAAACAAGGUGAUCGACAACAAUUGGGAACUAUUCCUCUCACGGAUACGGGGAUCAAAGUAGCGAGUCCCAAGCCUGGUUGUUUGUCAGUGAGCCGUGUUUCGGCAGAGGAACCGCUUCUUGUUCUCAGCGGAUGGAGCAACGUUACCGUAGAGAACUGGAGGAAAGCUAUCAAUGUCGCAGUUUCUGCUGUGACCACGCGGAGCACAAAUGUCCAAGGUCAAGGAUUUGUACGACCUGAUGCUGACAACAGUCCACUGGCAGCAUUCAGCUGGUAUCACGGCAAGCUAGGGAGGUCUGCUGCCGAGGAGCGUAUCACAUCUGCAAAGGAGCGCGGCGAAUCAACCAACAACGCGUGCAUCAGACCUUCGAGCCAUUUCUUAGUCAGAGAGGAAAUCAGUGGAGAGAUCUAUCUGUCAAGCAGCAGGUGGUCGUUUGAGUCUGAGAAAGUGCACAAACGCCUCACGGACGAAAAUGGACAGUUCUUGGAAUCUGACUACCCGGGCUACACUAGUGUGAUGCAAUUUGUGUUUGAUCACUUAGCGGCGUCCGGAGGCUUUCUCAAGGACAAUGAUAACACACUAAUCCGAUUGACCGAUCCUGUGCACCGAGAGAGCAGCGGCAGCGACGACAUGGUCGAAUCGUUCCACACGUUCAAUCAGACCUGUAUGGGUAAGCUGGCCAUGAGCGAAUGUCAUCAUUUCCUGGACGAGGCCGGUGCUACGGCACUGUCGGCGCAGGCUGCCGAAAGGCUGCCGUAUGCCGGUGAUUACUUUUUAUGGACGCGCGGCAACUCUGUGAUUCUGUCCAACAACGACACCGACUGUAUCUACCGCGAACAAGUGCUUAUAAAUGCUGACGGAAUUGCUACGGACGCUAUGGAUGGUCUUGCGGAUGUCAAUGAAUUUAACCAGAAGUACCUUGAUGGCAGGACUUGCCACGAUGUACUCCCUCACUUGCACCUUGUGAAAGGUAUUCGCCAGUGUAGAGGAUAUGUCAGAGGAUCCUCCGACGCGGCUGAAUCUUGUGAAACCUAUGGCUUGGAGGUUGACCUAUCACUGACGACCAGGAAGCAUCUCGAAGGGACAUUGGGUAGAAUUAUGCACAAUGCCACCAAGCUGGUUGCAACGUCCAAGACGCUUCAGCUGUUUGAGAAUGACACACCAUUGGCUAUUUUCCCAUUCAAGUAUUGUCGAGACUUUUACUUGAACUUUGCUGGCACGGAGUUUAGCUUUACGGCUGGAUGGCAGUGCGGAAAGUCCCAGGGAACCUACAGUUUCAUAACGGUCACUCCUGCCGUCUUGCGUUCCUUUAACAAGUCCAUUGCCGUCGGUGCGUUGGAGGGAGCAGAGAAAUUGCACAGACUAUGCAAGGAACGAUCGGAUCUACCAGAGUACACGCGUGCAGAUGAAUGGCGUGAGCACCAGUGCGGGAGAGAAGAGAACAUGGAGGAGCUACAGGCCGCUCCGUGGCAACACGGUCACCUGCUCCCCGGUGAUGUCGACCGGCUGCUGGAGAACGACGGCGACUUUCUGGUUACGACACAGUUUGGCGUCCGCAAUCUCUGCUUUCUCAGUGCACGGUGGAAAGAGAGGAUCAUCCGUGACCGUCUACUGUGUCGCUAUGGCCAGGCCGAAUUUGAGAACCCUCUGCUGGAGAAUAUGUCGAUUUGUGGCAUUCUGGACAAGUGUGUAAAGCAAAAGCGUCCUCUGAUCUACAAUGAUGAACGCAUUUUCCUCUUGAACCCCAUCAAAAAGGUUGCUCUACUUGAUGCAAAGCAGAACGGAUCAAGUGCUGGCCUGGAACCCUGUUACGCCUAUCACGCAAUGGAUGUUCACAGCAGAACAAGUCAAGUGAGCAUGUCCUCAGUUGAUCCAGACGCAAGCAUUGGCCCAAGUGGCUUUCUCGUUGACAAGCAAAUAGAAGCUUCUCUUCACCGCCGCCAGAGUAAAACCGGGAGCAUCUCUUCCGUGACAAGCGCAUACCAGAAUUACUUUACUAUGGAAAGACCAGCAAUGGAUGUUCACAGCAGAACAAGCCAAGUGAGCUUGUCCUCAGUUGAUCCAGACGCAAGCAUUGGCCCAAGUGGCUUUCUCGUUGACAAGCAACUAGAAGCUUCUCUUCACCGCCGCCAGAGUAAAACCGGGAGCAUCUCUUCCGUGACAAGCGCAUACCAGAAUUACUUUACUAUGGAAAGACCAGCAAUGGAUUUUCACAGCAGAACAAGCCAAGUGAGCAUGUCCUCAGUUGAUCCAGACGCAAGCAUUGGCCCAAGUGGCUUUCUCGUUGACAAGCAACUAGAAGCUUCUCUUCACCGCCGCCAGAGUAAAACCGGGAGCAUCUCUUCCGAGACAAGCGCAUACCAGAAUUACUUUACUAUGGAAAGACCAGUUACCAGCAGUUGUCCGCAUUGCAAACGAAUGUUCACCUUAUCCCAUGGAAGUUCUUAUGAAAAUGUACAACAGUGGCCUCAGUCUGAGCAGAACAGAAUGAGGCGCACACUGUCCGGAGCAUCGAUUUGCUCCGAAGAUGGGCCACAGCCUUCUCCUCGACCGUCGACCUCAAGCGCCCCUGAUCAUGACAGACUCAGUGGACAUCAUUAUGAGAGCAUAUCAAAGUUGCGGGAAUGGCUUCCCAGGCAAGAGGAAGAGUGUGAGACCACUGAAUCAGGCAAAGAAGAAGGCGACUGAGCAUGAGACGGCAUGGCUUGCAACAUUCCAAUGCAGGUUUUCUUCAGAGCAAUGCGUACUUCGUUCUUUAUUGAGCCCUCUGGGGGGCAAGUGUAGGAGAAUUGCUACUCAAGCAUGGUCUCUGACCUAUUCUCUCACGUACAGCACAAUGUAUCUACUACAAAGUAUGUCCUCUACCAUGCAUAGACGUGCAGCCCGUAUGAGAGAGAUGGAGAAUACUCUUGGAUGCGCCUGAAAGUGUGGUGAAUACGGGAUAUUGUGAGAAUUUCAAUUAGAUGGCACACUAGGCCGGCCAAAGUUGGUCCUUGAAUGGGUCUGAUUUACACACCUCCCACCACCUUUCAUUAGGAUUCGUGUCUGCAUCUUAAUCCUUGAGGAUAUUUUUUCCACCGCCAUUAUCAUUAAAUUUUGUCUGAACCAUUUUUACACCUGACCUAUUUACUCGUCUAUCCGCCCUGUCCUUCAUGACACUGACUAGUUAUGACGUAAUUAUUCCACUCAUGAUACAUGCAGUUGCAAGGAAACGUGGUUGCUCUG